AUGCCCCCCAAAGCCCUCAAAGCCCUCAAAGCCGCACUAAUAAAACUGAAAAUUCUGAUGAAUGACAAAGAUAUAGCCCUGGCUGUGGCAGAAGCUGUAGAGGCCGCGGCAGCUGCCACUGCCGCAGUCUCGACACCAUGCUUCAGAAAACUAAUGCUUUCAGUUGAUGUCGACUCAGAAGUCGAGUCCGCCGUAGAUCUUCUUAAGGAGAUGUAUAAUGAAGUGGUAGCAGCGGUAAUCCUUAAAUCACCAUUUUAUGUUGAACUCAAUGCCAAGGGAUAUAAAUUUGUUGAGCAAGAGCAUCCACCUGAAGCUGAGUCAGAGCAUUCGCCUGAAGUAGCCGCUGCACCGUCCAAAGUUGAGGCUACGAUCAACCUAAAAAUACUUAUCAACGGUAAAAACCUUCCCACAACCAUUGCAGAAGAAGCCACAGCAACCCCCAAAGCCCUCAAAGCCCAACCCAAUAAACUGAAGAUUUUGAUGAAUGACAAAGAUAUAGCCCUAGCUAUGGUAGAAGCUGCAGAGGCUGCGGCAGCCACCACUACCGCGGUCCAAACAACAAGCUUCAGAAAAUCAAUGCUUCCAGUCGAGUCCGCCGUAGAUCUUCUUAAGGAGAUGUAUAAUGACGUGGUAGCAGCAGCAAUCCUUAAAUCACCAGCAUGUGAUGCUGUUGCUUUCAUUAAAAGCCCUGUUGCCGCUGCCGCCGCAAUUGAUUUCUUCGUUCUCUGUACUUUUACGGCUUCUUCUUUCGAUUCUGCGGCCUUUGUCCCUCCCUCCACUCCGCUCCCUCCUCAGCCUACGUUAACUCCGACAGCCAUGGCGGCAUCACCUCCUCGGAUCCUAAUUGACAACUUUUAUGCUGAACUUAAUGCCAAUGGAUAUAAAUUUGCUGAGCUAGAGCAUCCACCUGAAGCUAAGCUAGAGCAUCCGCCUAAAGUAGCCGCUGCACCCUCCAAAGCCGGGGUUGCGAUCAACCUAAAAAUACUUAUAAAAGGUAAAGACCUUAACACGGCCAUUGCAAAAGACGUCACUGCAACUCUUAAUGCCCCCAAAGCCCUCAAAGCCGCACUCAUGAAAUUGAAGAUUGUGAUGAAUGACAAAGAUAUAGCCCUGGUUAUGGCAGAAGUUGUAGAGGCCGCGGCAGCCGCCACUGCCACAGUCCCGACAUCACGCUUCAGAAAACCAAUGCUUCUAGUCAAUGUCGACCUAGAAGUCGAGUCUGCCACAGAUCUUCUUAGGGAAAUGUAUAAUGAAGUGGAAUUAAUGUUACUAGUGGAAGAGGCAUGUGAUGCCGUUGCUUUUAUUGAAAGCCCUGCUGCCCCAGCCGCAGCAAUUGAUAUCUUCGUUCUCUGUACUUUCAUGGCUUCUCCUUCCGAUUAUGCGACUUAUGUCCUUCCCCUACUCCGCUCCCUGCUCAGCCUACUAGUCUUGCGCUCCAUCCUCAAUCUAUUGGUCCUCUGCUCCCUCCGAUGA